AUUGUUGCUUGAUUGAGAGGGAAAUGUCGAAGCCGCGAAAUUCAAAAGGACAUUGACGGUUUUACACGGAGAUACGCGUCACAUGCACUGCUGCCGUGCACUGGAGCGAAACGUUUCGGUACUCGUGAAAUGCCGGGGAUCGAAGAAGUUGUAGACAUUUUUGUACAAUAUGUAUCCUGCCAUACUAGCGGCCGAGCAUGUCAUUCAGCGUAAAAUCCAUUACGAAUGGACUACCGCUACAAAUGAAGCAAAAGCAGUUCGUAAGAACUUCAGCCUGGGAAACAAACAUCCUGUCUACCUUCAGUCGGCAAAGGAUGCACAAACGCUUGAUCCGAUGAGCAUCCUAACGAGCAGCUGAAUGGAACGGCGGGCGUGAAGUUCUCUAGCAGCUAGGGUGGCUAAUCGGCAGCAUAAGCCACGCUCUAUUUAAUUUGCGCCCGUGACGCCCGGCGUAAGGUUACAACUGGCUGCUCCGAUGGCCCCCCCCUCGCUCUUUGAGGUUGCUGCUCGAUGCUGGUUGGUGUCGGGAGCGGACCGGGUAGCGAUGGCGAUACCGUUGGUGUAGUGGAAACUGUACGCGGAGAGUGUGGACCAAGGUUGGUCGAGGUCGGAUAGACGGACGAUGUUCGAGGGAGAAGGACGCGACGAGGGAGGAGUUGUACCUGGAUCACGGUAUGGAACGGAGCAGGAGAGCUGGCAGAGGUGGUGGUUCCCUGGUGCGCAGCCUGAGCUGCGGUCGGAGCUUCUCGUAACCCCAGUGCACACGUAUACGCGCGAGCACUUAGGCCUCUGCCGGCGUGUACGUGCACAGACUGGACGAGUUGGUGGUCGUAGCCGCCUCGGCGGAAACCGUGAGGGCGCAAGAUGCCUGAGUGUGGGUCGAGCGAAGCCGAGGGUGGUCGAGGACAACCGGCUGCGCACGAACCGCGAAUCACCGCGGGAACCUGUCGCGCGCCACGAAAGUCGAACAGUCUCUCACUGGCGCCCGGCGCGGCGAGUGCCCGAGAGACUGGAUUUCGUGCGAGGCACACAGGGUUGUGUGUUCAUUGUUGGACGGAUAAGAGUUGAACAUCCGGAAGGACGCAUACAGAGAGAACGACAGCGAGAGAGACAGCCCACCCCUGCGCGGGGGCCCGAGUGGACGGUGGUAGGUUUUCCAUCCGCGAGCAACUACCCCUUCUUCGAGGCCUGAUGACCGCAACGCACGAGGAAGACAAUCGACGCUGGAUCAGGAUGAGCCGUUAUCCGUUCGUCGAUUCUCUACGCCACGUGGCUUCCGCCUUUCUCUUUCUUUGGAUCAUCGUCACCCUGCUGAAUGGUUGCGACGCCUCGUACGAGAUGCAGGGACCGAGCUUCGUGACGGAGCCGCCGUCGCGGGUGGAAUUCACGAACGUGAACGGCGGCCGAGUGGACUGCAUAGUGAGAGGAAAUCCGGCACCUACCGUCGACUGGCUGGCAGCGGACGGCGGCAGUAUAACGAGUAUCCCUGGAAUCAGACACGUCCUUGGCAACGGGACGAUCCACUUUCCUGGCUUCGAGGCGGAGGUCUUCCGACAGGACGUCCACUGGGCUAUUUAUAAGUGUUUCGCCGUCAACAGCGUCGGUGCCAUCGUUAGCAGAGACGUCACUGUCAGAGCAGGCACGCGAAACUUCUUCCUCGUUAUCUGCAUUAUGUUGUCCGCUUGCUUUGCUUCCUCCUCUAUCUUCCUUCCCCUUCUCGUUGUCUGUUCUCGCGAACGCGCUAUCACCGUCCCUUGUUUGACGAUGCUCUCGUUCAAUUCGCACGCGAAGGCUGGCGGGGAAAGAUCACGAUAA